GGACCAAUAAACUGUUUCUGUUUUCCACAUGUUUCAGAGGGCGGAGCCACCAAACCAGUGAGAUAAGAGGGGAGUGAAAAGAUGUUAACUAGCAAGCCCAGCUCACCCUGGUCAGUCUGGACGUCUGACUUCUCAGGCAACAUGAAGGCUGUCAUUAUCCUGGGGCUUCUCCUCCUUUCUGUCGCUGUCCAAGGCAAGGUCUUUGAGAGAUGUGAGCUUGCCAGAACUCUGAAGGAACUUGGACUGGAUGGCUAUAAGGGAGUCAGCCUGGCAAACUGGUUGUGUUUGACCAAAUGGGAAAGCAGUUAUAACACAAAAGCUACAAACUACAAUCCUAGCAGUGAAAGCACUGACUAUGGGAUAUUUCAGAUCAACAGCAAAUGGUGGUGUAAUGAUGGCAAAACCCCCAACGCAGUUGACGGCUGCCAUGUGGCCUGCAGCGAAUUAAUGGAAAAUAACAUCGAUAAAGCUGUGACGUGUGCAAAGCAGAUUGUCCGCGAGCAAGGCAUUACAGCAUGGGUGGCAUGGAAAAGUCAUUGUAGAGACCAUGACGUCAGCAGUUAUGUUGAGGGUUGCACCCUGUAACUGUGGAAUUAUCACUCUUCAACUCAUUUUGUCUCUUUUUCAUGUUAAGGAAGUGAUAGUUGAAUGAAAGCUUAUACCACCAUUCCUUCAAGCAAACAAUGGUUUUACAGAAGCAGGAGCAUAUGGUCUUCUAAGAGGCUUAAUGUUUAUCUAAUGUGUUAAUUGUUUGAUAUUAGGCCUAUAAUAUUUUUCAGUUUGCUAAUAAAACUAAUGCUGGUGAAUAUUUGUCUAAACUCUUAAUAAUCUAAUAUAUCUCCAUUACAUUCAGUUCUUAAUUAAAGCAAGAUCAUUUAUACAUUUUGCUGAUCAUGAAGGAAUAUAAAGAGGGAUUAGAUGAACUGUUGCUUUUUCUUAAUUUCAUUAGCAUUAUGACAAAUUCAGAGACAGAUGAGUCUGCAACUAUUGGAAUAAUUGCUAGUUAACCACAGAUAUGAAAUGACACAUGCUGUAAAAAUACAAACAUUUUCAUUAAAAACUGCAAUUCAAACCUC